GCUGUAGUUGCCAGUUCGCUGGUGGCUCUCGUGGCGUGUGUUAUUGUUAGUACGAGCCUGACGACGUUCAUUCGCGUUUUUUGCUUUUUCUAAACGGCAAGGACGUACGUUUUCUUCUACGACGAUUUUUAAACAGCUUAUUUCUGCCUCUUUGAAACUCUUGUGCUUUGUUUCUUGAAGAUUAUUGUUCUUUCCAUCGAAAGGAAGUAUCGCGAUGUCGAGAGGCGUCGCGUUUGACGAAUUUCGGCCACGACGUUGGUCCUGAGCAAAAGGAGAAAGCAAAGGGGAGGAGGAGGAGGAGGAGAGAAGGAGGAGGAGGAGGAGUGGGAGCAGAAGAAGAAGAAGAAGAAGCGGAACGCAAAGAGGGAGAAGGAAUAGCGGUCGGAGAAGAAAGGACGACGAUAGUGACAAAGCAAGAAAGAGGAGAAGAGAGAGAGAGAGAGAGAGAGAGAGAGAGAGAGAGAGAGAGAGAGAGAGGAAAGAAAGUCGUGUGUAUCGUGCGUGUGCGCACGUGUGCGGUGUAUCGCGCGUGUGUUGUGCACGCGUGCGCAAGUCCGAACACAAGAGCGGCGUGUGCGGAUGCAGUGUUACCGCGCGCGUAUUAUAUCUAGACGGACGUGUGCACCGUAGACGAUCGUCCUAUCCCCGCGUGUACUUGACAGUGCGGAAUCAACAAGUGUCGUCUGAGUACUUGUCGCGCGUCAACCGACUUUCGAUUUUUGCUCGACUUUUCAGGACGAUCUUCGAGCAACUCUUUUCUCACACUUGUACUCGCUACUACGAAGAAAUCGAUUUUCGUCGCGGUAACGUUUCGAUCGACGCUGACACCGGAUAGGCCCGUUACACGUCGUCGAUCGUACCAAGUGGCCGUGGAUGGCCACUUUCGUCUGCAUCUCAAGAUGGAAGUCGUCUAUAUAGAUGAACGAGAAGACGUGCAGAAGAAAACCUUUACGAAAUGGAUCAACUCGCAGCUGUUGAAGAAUCACCACGAACCGAUAUCCGACCUGUUCGUCGAUUUAAGAGAUGGAAACCGGCUUCUGUCCCUCCUGGAGGUACUCACGUCGAAAGUUUACAAAAGAGAACGCGGUCGUAUGCGGGUUCACCAUCUUAAUAAUGUUAAUAAAGCAUUGCAAAUCCUCGAACAGAACAAUGUGAAGCUUGUAAAUAUUAGUAGCAAUGAUAUCGUAGACGGUAAUCCAAAGUUGUCACUUGGUUUAGUAUGGAGUAUUAUUUUACAUUGGCAGGUACAUUAUCAUCUAAAAGACUUGAUGACGGAAUUGCAACAAACGAAUUUAGAAAAAACUCUUCUCGCUUGGUGCCGACAAAACUCUCAGAGUUAUCCUGGCGUCGACAUAAAGAAUUUUACAACUUCUUGGUCCGAUGGACUAGCGUUCAAUGCACUCUUACAUCGGUGCAAACCGCACUUGUUCGAUUUCAACUCUAUAUCCCGAAAGCAUCCCAAUGCCAGGUUAGACCACGCUUUCCGUUUCGCCGAAGAACACCUUAGGAUAGAACGACUUUUGGACCCCGAAGAUGUCAAUACGUCGGUACCGGACAAGAAAUCAAUAAUGAUGUACGUUAUGUGCCUAUUCCAAUGUUUAACUCAAUCCGGAGACGAUGCCGGUGAUUUGGAUCUAUCGAUCGCGAGUGAUAAUAGCCCUGCGACGACACCGGGCGCGGAGAACACGUUGUCUUUGUCAACUUUUGGAAUGCCAACGUCACGUCCGAUGAGUCUAGCGACGAACGUUUCAGUUGAACUCGGCGGUUAUCAGGUCGCUCUCGAAGAAGUUUUAACGUGGCUGUUAGAGGCCGAGGAUAAGUUGAAUCACGCGCCAGAGCUCGGAACGAGUUUGGAAACGUUGAAGCAACAGUUUCACGAUCACGAAGCCUUUUUGAUAGAAUUGACGGGGCAUCAGGAUGGCGUCGGUGCCGUUUUGGAGGAAGGUGCGAGAUUGUUAGCGGAGGGUGGUUUGCACAAGGACGAAGAGCACGAGGUACGCGUUCAAAUGUCGCUUCUCAAUUCGCGAUGGGAGGGACUUCGAAUGAGAGCGAUGGACACGCAGACCAGAAUCCACGAGGUCUUGAUGCAAAUGCAGCAGGCGCAGAUCGAUGCGCUGAGACAAUGGUUGACGAAAACCGAAGAUAGAAUUUCUUUAAUGGCUGCGAUCGAAUUGAAUCAAUCUAGUCUAGAUGAACAGAUAAAGCGAUUAAAUGAAUUAGAACAGGAUAUAAAGGCGCAACAGGAUGUCGUAGAUAGUAUGAGAAAUAUCGUGGUUGUCGUGGACGAAGAAAACUCGGAGGCAGUCUAUACGGAAAUGGAGGAUCAAUUAUCGGCUCUAGGAGAACGAUGGGCUCACAUUUGUCAAUGGAAAGAGGAGAGACGUCAACGACUUCAGUCUCUCUCUUUGCUCUGGCAAACUAUUAUCGAUGAUCAUAAAAAGUUAGUUGCUUGGUUAAAUGAAACGGAGAUUACGCUCAAGCAAAUGGAAGCUAAUCCAGCUAGUGAGAUCGGCGAGGUACUAGAGAGAAUAAGAAAAUUGCAAAUAUUAAAAAUGGAGAUGGAUCUAAAUCAAAAGAAAGUAAUAUCCUUGCAAGAGUCCAUGCUAGAGUUGGAUAAUCAAGGAUCUUCUCCCGAUAGCGUCAAUAUGUUAGAAAAAAUCGAGAAUUUGCAGGAUCGAUGGGACGCUGUUGGACAAAUUAUGGAAGUUCAGAGCCAAAGGAUCACUAGCUCCGGCUUUGAAUUCGAUCUAAAGUCUGAGAGAGACACGACUAUUAUCAGUAGUAACGAAUGGAUGUCGGAGACGGUAACGAGUAUCGCUUAUAAAGAAGAGAUCGCCGCAACGUCGACACCUCAGAGCGAUAUGAAAAAGCGACGUUUAGAUAAUACAACGAAACACGAAUUUGAAUCUGCGCUUCUUGGGCUUUACAAAUGGCUCGAUUACAUCGAUUUGGAGAUUGGCCGAUCCGAGGGCGUUUUCGACGAAUUGAGCGUCGACGAGAAGAAAGUCGUUUACGAGGAUACAUUGGCAGACAUAGAGGUUCACAAAAGCGAAUACGAUAAGGUUCUCGAGUUGGGAAAAAGGUUCGUGGAAGAACUGGAAAAUACGAAUGAAUCGAGCGAGGACGCGAAAAAGAAAUUAGAAGAUAUACAACAUUGCUGGUCGGCAACGAGUAAUCGGCUACAAGAAAUAAGAAAUCGCAUAGCUUACUUGGAGGAGAUAAAGAAAUUUCGUAACGAGUUGGAUAGCUUAAAUAUGAUGUUAGAUAGUUAUACCAAAUGGUUCGAGACGAAUAAAGCGAAUAAUCAAAUAGAUAUUUUCAGGGUAAAGAUGAAAUCGAUGAAAUCUCACGACGAGCGUGUUAAAAAAUUAGUUGACAAAGCCAAAGAACUCUUAGAGAAGAAUCAAUCGGUAGUAGAUGAAAGUAAUAAAUUAGAGGCCGACACGAAAACGUUGUUCUCUGAUUGGGAAAAAGUGCAGAAAUUAUUGUCCGAUCGGCUUAACGAAAUAACUGAUAAGAUUGAAAAAAUACCACCAAAGAAAUAUACCGAAUCUAUCACGAAUCUUAUAACGUUCGUCAACAAUAUCGAAGGUGUAUUAUUAUCCGAACAUACGAUUAUAUCUGACAAAAAGACUAUGGAAGAACAAGUUAAAAAAUUUCAAGAUCUUGAUAAUACAUUGAAAAAUUAUCAAGAUACGUUUGAUUACGUAAAUUCAACCGGUCAUGAGCUAAUAACGAAAACGAACGACGAUUCUCAAGCGCAAAUAUUGAGAAACGAGUUGCAAGAUCUUAAUACAAAAUGGAGCGAUAUUCCUAUAAUAUUGGAAGAAAGACAACAAAAUCUUUUAAGAGAUAUAAAAUUGUUAGAGACGUUUGACAAGGAGCUUAGUACACUCGAAAGCUGGCUCGACAAGUCGAUGGCGCAUCUCGAAGAAAUAUCGAAGAACAUUGAUUUGAACGACAUCAAAAUGACGGAAUAUAAAUUAGAACAGUUACGGGCUUUCUCUCGAGAAAUAGACGAAACGAAACCGAAAGUAGAGGCUCUUCAGAUAUCUACGAACAAGUUGCUUGAAAACUCGGAGCCUAACUUUGCCAGUGUAUUGAAUAACAAAGUUGAAGAUAUUUCGUGCAAGUGGAACGCGGUUACGGACGAUGUUAAAAGUUUGAUUGAUAAAUACGAAGCCGCUUUGAAGAAGAACGACGAGAUUGUAAACGGUAUCGAUGACUUUACCAAGUGGUUAUCGGACUUGGAGAAAGAUAUACCAGGUGACAUUAAAAUAACUUCGUCGGUUGAACUUUUUCAAGUUCGUGGCCGAUAUCAGACGUUAAAAGACAAGAUCGAUAAACGGGUAGAAGAAUUUAGAAAUUUAAAUGAAAUGGGAAACGAUAAACUUCUAAGCUCGGAAGGUUCCUCCGUGAAAGAACUAGGAAGGCGGUUCACUUUCUUAAAUGCUCGUUGGACGGACGUCACGGAUCGUAUUUAUGAGCGCUAUAGACACCUGCAGAAUGCUACACACGAGUACGGAGAAUUUCGUGCCUUGGUUGCUCAGGAGAGUGAUUGGUUGGAUAAGUUGGAGAAAAGAUUAAAAAAAUCGACCAAGUGUGCCGCCGACGCGGAGGAAAUCUCGGAGGAGCUUGACGAUUUGGAAAAUUAUAUAAGAAAUCAUCCAGAGUCUAGACAAGAAAAAAUUCAAGAAAUUGGUAAGCAACUGAUCGAUAGUAACAUCAUGACACAGUCUAUACAAACGGAUGUAGAGGCUUUAACAAAUCGUUGGGAAAAUCUAAACGGACAGGCAGGUCAGCGAGCCAAGCUGUUGGAAGGAUCGGUGAAGCAAGCGCAACAAUCGGAAGGGCGAAUUCUUGCUCUUCAGCACUCCCUAACGCAAGUAGACUCUGUACUAACUGCACGCCUUGACUGCGAUCUCACUGCCGAUGAUUUGCCACAUGAUUAUCAGAAAUUGAUGCAAGAAAUGGAACAUCAAAGUGCUACGGUUAAGGAAAUGACGGUGCAAAUUGAAACGUAUAAAUCGUCCGGUAAAGAGGAGGCUGCGCACAGACUCGAAGAACAAAUGACUCUGAUUGAGCAAAAAUUCUCCGAAAUUCAGAAAAAGUUUCAACGUUUUCGUUGUUCCACCAAUUUGGAACCUAGACUUUCUCGAGCUUUGAGAGAACUUCGAGGUAUAGAAGAGGCAACGUGUCUCUUGGAAUUAUCAUCAGAAGAUCCGGAAGUUAUCGAAGGACAACUCAAACAUUGCCUGAGAUUCUAUCAAACUUUAAGCGAAAUUAAAAGCGAGAUCGAGAAUAUUAUAGUUGCUGGUAGAAAAUUAGUCGAAGAGAGAAGUGUCAGUGAACCGGAGAAGUUUUCGAAAAAAAUUGACACUUUAAAAGAAUUGUAUAACAAGCUUGGACUACAGAUAACCGAGUCAAAGUCAAUAUUAGAAACAGCGUUAGAUUUGUCUCGUGAUAUAUAUAAAAGUUUAUCCUACAUGAAUAUAUCACUGGAUAGUAUCAACAAGGAAUUGGAUGCACAAAAGAAUAUGCCUGAUCUACCUGUUAAUGCGAUAUACGUGCGGGAAACUCUGACAGAAGUUAUACCAAAAUUGAACGUCGUGAAAGAUAAAUUGUUAAGAUCGCAGGACGAGUUCUUAAAGCUCUGCGACUCUUCGUAUCUCGAGCAACUGAAGGAAAAAUUAUCGGACGUUUUGGUUAAAUUAGCGAAUACAGAGAGAAGAUUACGUCUUUGCAAUAGUUCAGAGGAGGAACCAAAUGUCGACGAGAUAAAGGCGUGGUUGUUACAAGCUGAAGAGAAAUUAAAUAGAUUAGACGCGAUCCCAAUGGAACAAUUGACGGAAUACCACUUCGAACAAUGCAAGGCUAUACAAAGUGAAAUAAUAGAAGCCAAGCCUAAAGUUAGUCAACUUCAACGUUACGCCUUUUACCCGAAAAUAGCUGAAGUAUGUGAUAAGUGGGAAGAAAUAUCUAAUAAAAUCCAAGAACGGAUCUACAAAAUGAAAGAGAAUUUAUUAAUGAGAAGUAAGAAGAACAAUAAUAAGGGGAGAGACAAUUACGGGAAUGAAAAGUUAUCUAAGAAAUCGGAACAGACUUCGGUAUAUUUAGUUAAAAAGGAAAAAAGUUUAUUGGAUGAGAACAAUGAAGUAUACGGAAUCGGUUAUCUUAAUCCAGCAUUCGAUGACAAUCAAUGUGCGAUCAUUAGGACGCCCGAAAGUUCGCCCAUCGAGAUCCCGCAUCGAAGUAGAAAAUCUUCAGCAAAGUCGGACAAGGUGAAAACUAGAAUCGUAGACGUUAACAAAGCUGUUAGACGUAAACUGGACAUGAGCUCGAUACCCGACGUCGUGCAAACUUCUCAGCCUCAAAGCGUACGCAUCGACGAUAUGCGCGAUACUCGUUUCUUAUCUUGCGACAUGGCGCAAACAUGUACGCCAGACGAGGAAGAAUUUUUCUUGUCGAAAAAUAGUACCUUGUUCUUUAAAGUGUCCACCAAUACGUUGACUGCUACGGAAUCGAAACCAUUUCAUGCGUCGAACGUACAAUCGAAUCCUUUUCGUAUCGUAGAAGUGAAAGAAAUGGAAAUAGUCAAAUCGGUAGCGUCUCCCGAGGAUCAUGUCAUUUUACCGAGCGCUAAUGUCAGCGUAGGUCUUAUACCAUUAGCCGUGGAAAGGGUAGAAAUAGUCGAAGAUACCGAGACGGAGCCCGAAUCUAUAGACACGGAUACGGAGGAUAGAGAGAGCAGAGAUAAAGUAUCCACGGCGAUAGGCAUGAGUACCGGGAUCGUUGGUAGGAAGAAAGAACUGAUACCGAUUUUGAAGAAGAAGAUAUCGGUCGCCGAGCCAUGCAACGUGUGGAACGUUAAAAAGCUUACCCUUAAAUUGGAUACCAAUGACGAGAGUAAUUCGACUACGUCGAACGUUCACAAUGCUUUAGAAUCUAGAAUCAAGGAUCACGUGCAAAGUCCGAGGCACGUAUCGGAUAAUAAAUCGCACAUGGUGGAAACAACGGCGGCUAGUCGUUCCUUGAGGGAUAAGGAAAGUGUCGCGGAAUAUUUGAUUCUAGACGACAAGAAGACCAAUUGUUCGAUUUUGAGGAAAAAUGAAAAUAAUAAAAUGGCCGAUUUUCACGAGAAUACGAUUAAAAAGAAGGAUGAACGAGAGGAGAUGGCAACGAGAGCGCCGACUUACGAUCUAGAGAGGCUAUACAAAAAGUCUCCUUUGUUAAAGCGCGUUAAGAGUUUUUCGAAAGACGAUACGCUAGAGGAUUGCGAAAGCUUCUACGGGAGCGACAAGGAGACGGACGAUGCAUUGAUAUUUUCCGACGAUACAGAAAUCGACGUAGCUAGUUCUAGUUCCGAAGGAGAAGAUCCUAAUUUGGGAGAGCAUGUUGAGCACCUCUUGGACAAGAUAAAGCUCGAAAACUCGCAACAUGUAUUGCAACAGAAAACGGAACAGCAGAGAGCUUACGGUGAGAAAAGGUCGUACAGUAAUUUUUCAAAUUCGUCUAGAGCUAAUUUAGAAAAAAGAAUAUUGGAAUUCGAACGAUCGGCGCAAUUGAUGUUGAACAGAAUGGACGUCAUUUUGAUGACUAUUACUAGUAUCAGCAAUGAAAAGGAUCCUACGAAACGUCUUGAGACACUUAAGGGCGAAAUUAGUAUGCUUGCUCCCGACGCCGCGGCAUUGAUUAGCAAGGGUGACGGUUUAAUUAUGACGGUCCAUACGCUAGAUCCUGUACGCGCAGAGAAAAUAAAUAACGAACUUCAAGAUAAAUUAAGAAGCAAGUGGCAUCAGGUGAUGACGGAAACCGAGUCACGGCGUAACCAAGCUCAAAGAGCCGAGGAAAUAUUGAGACAGUACAAUAGAAUACUCGUUGAGUUCGAGGAGUGGUUCAGAGACGUACCACAAAAAUUAGAAGAGGCUAACAAUUAUGAGGGACAGCUCGAAUCGUUCACCGUCGAGUUUGAUGCGAAGCAGGAAUUGAUUCAUAAGUUUAACGAGCUCAGCGUAGAAUUGAAACGAUUCAACGUUGCAUUUUCCGAAACCACUCGUUAUAACAUCAACAGCAAGUGGCAAGAGAUCAGUUCGCAAUUUAAAAGAUACAGUGGUAGCAAGGAUAAGGAUAAGCACGUGACCGAUAAGAAGAUGGAAUUGGACGUAGGAGGACCCAAUCCUCAAAAUAUUAUAGCGAGAGCCAACAAAAUAAAAGAUGCAACGUCGACCGUGUCGAGAUCUUUAAACUCUGCUCCAUUGAAUGGCAAGGACUACGAAUUAUUUGGCAAUCAAGAAGAGUGUUUAAAGAAGAUAAGUAACGCGAUAAAUAUACUCAAAACGAACUUGGACGAAUUGAGUUCUGCGUCGGAAAGCAUUGCUCGCCAAUCGAAAAAGGAGCAGGUGGAGCACGUUAAGUGUUUGAUCGAAAAAUUGUACGGCGAUUGGAGCAGCAUCAACGAACGUUAUAUCGAGAGAUAUAAUCGUUGGAGUAAAUGCUUCGAAACAUGGAACGAACUUCAAAAUAUGUGUCGCGCCUUUUCCGAGUGGUUGGAAAAAAGCGAGGACGCAUUAAAAAAAUUACUUUCGCUCCCCUAUUCCAAGGUAUCGAAAACGAAAAUGUUUGAGCUAGAGCAAGAAGUUUCGCGCAUGCAAAGAACCAAGAACAACAUCAAUGCUUCGUAUGCGGAUAUAUCGAGUCGAGCCUCUUCCGAAGAUGUUGCAGAGUUGCAUAAUACGAUCGAGAAUAUCAAACAUAAAUGGCAUCGUUUAUUGGCUGAGAUCAAUGCAUACAAAGAAAGAAACUUGGCAAUGGAAAGAAAGGUCUCAAGCGAGAGUAGGAUUACAAAGGCUACUUAUCACAUAAUAGAGCAAGUGAAUUCGUUGCUACUAUCUAUGGCUAAUCCAUCGGACGAGACGUCCCUUUCAAUAAGAUUGUCCUUGAUUAAGGCGAGAGAAGAAGAACUUUCUUCGCGGAAAAGGGAUACGCAGGUACUUAUGAAUCAGCAAAGUAAUCAUCGAGGGGAAGAUGUGUAUGGUAAACUUUUAGCCGAUAUGGAUAAGGCAAAAUCGAAUCUUUCGAGCCAUCGUGAAUAUGUCGAAAGUAAGCUUACCUCUUUAAAGAAAUAUAUCAGCUGUUUGGACACCGUAAUGACAUGGAUUAUGGAGGUCCGUACGAGAUUAAAUAUCGCGCAGGAGCUGCCGCAGAACGAGCGAACCGAAGUAGUUGAUAAUAUUAGGCUUAAUGUCGUGGAUCGCGAGAUGGAAGUAAAAGACGUUUUGGAGAAUUAUACCAAUUUGGAAAAGGAGUGUGAAGCGGCCAAACAACCAAUAUCCAUUGAACUUCAAGAAAAGUUAAAGAAAUUGAGAGAAGAUUGGCAGUUUGUGAAGAACUUUAGCGACGGUCAAAAUCGAGAAGUUGUAACUACUACAUUACCGGAUCCAACUAUGGUAGAACCUAAACAAACGGAAAGGAGCGUAGGUGGAGCACCGGGGUCGGCGGGUGCAGCUGUAGGGGGCCCUCAGGGUUUGGCGGCCUCCCCUGCCCCCUCCCCUGGCCCCUCUCCUGCCCCAUCGACACCCACGACCCCUGCUGCGACUAGCCCCUCGGCCUCGUCUCCGGCCUCUUCGGUUUCGUCUUCACCUUCGCCCUCCUCCUCGCCGACCUCCGCCCUUCUUGCGGGACUCGAUAAAUCGGUGCUUCAGAUACGCGACUGGCUUAUCGUCGAGGAAGAGAUGCUACGACAGCAGGCAGUGGUCGUCGGCGAUGUCGACGAAAUCAUACAGCUCAUUGACAAACAGAAAAACGUCUUGCGAGAGUUGGAGCAGAAAAAGCCACAAUUGGACGAACUCGUUCACACUGCGGAAAAUCUUCGUGCCGAUACGAACAGACAACAAUUACAUGGCAAAGUUACGAAGUUGCGGGAGCACUGGGACGAAACGAACUCGAAGGUGAUGCAAAGGAAGACGCAGUUGGAUGCUAUGCUGGGCGAUAGUCAGCGAUACGAGGCGAAGAGAAACGAGGUGGAGGUCUGGCUCGCGCGAAUGGAAACUCGACUGGAAAUAAUGCGGGCCGUCGGCCAUACGGCCGACGUUCUCGAGGCGCAACUUAGAGAACAAAAGUCUUUCCACGCGGAAUUACAUCAGUACAAGCAUCAGAUCGAGCUCUUCAAUCAACUUACCCAAAAGUUAAUAGCAGUCUAUCAACAGGAUGACACGACUCGCGUGAAGAAAAUGACGGAAACGAUUAAUCAGCGAUACAACAAUUUAAAUACCAGCAUCAUCAAUCGAGGAAAACUGCUGCACUCGGCGAUGAACUCCCUCCACAACUUCGACCGGUCUCUAGACAAGUUCUUGGCCUGGCUGAGCGAAGCCGAGUCUUCGAUGGAAGGAUUGGAGGCGGAAGCGGAUCGACUCGGUGGACGACGGGAUCAGGGCGCUCUCAGACGACCGCAACAUCAGCUCAAGUUGGAGAAGGAAAGUCAAGAGACAUCGAUACGACACGGUGUGCGAUACGUACGGGUUUCGAUUCAAUUAAUCCAACCGCAAGGUCUUGUUAUUCUCGACCUUACCACUUGGAAGUGGUACACUUUGGCUUGGUCGUUUCCACCGAUACAUAAAAGCGAUAAGGAUCUCCAGUCGGAAAUCGAAACGCACCGGGACGUGUACGCUUCGUUGAACGGCACGGGGCGCAAGCUGUUGAGCUCUUUAGCCAGUCAGGAUGACGCGGUUAUGCUUCAACGUCGAUUGGACGAGAUGAAUCAGAGAUGGCAUCAUCUUAAAGCGAAGAGCAUGGCCAUAAGAAAUCGACUGGAAAGUAAUACGGAACAUUGGAACGCGCUACUGUUAUCGUUACGCGAAUUAAUCGAAUGGGUUAUUAGAAAAGACACCGAACUUACAGGAUUGGGACCUGUUUGCGGCGAUGUUGCUGCGUUACAGAAACAACAAGACGACCAUCGUGGCUUCAGAAGGCAGCUCGAGGACAAGCGACCGGUCGUUGAGAACAAUUUGGUCAGUGGUCGUCAGUAUAUCGCCAACGAGCCACCUCUCUCCGACACUUCCGACUCCGAGGCCGGAAGAGAGCUGGAUGGGGAUUCCAGAGGUUACAGAAGCGCCGAGGAACAAGCUCGAGAAUUGACGCGCAGCAUUCGUCGAGAAGUGAACAAACUUUCGGAGCAAUGGAACGCCUUGAUCGAGCGUAGCGAUGCGUGGAAACGGAAACUCGAUGACACCGCAAACAAAAUAUGUGUCUUCCAAAAGUGUCUUGAGGAUCUCUCGUCCCGCAUGGCAGCAGCCGAGGCGAUCCAAAGCGGUUGGCAAAAUCCGAGUGAUGCGAACGAGGCGUCGGAAAUGCUCGAACAGUUGCAAAAGUUUGGCGAACGAUUGGUACCCAUUCAGAGGAACAUCGAGGAUACGAACGAUCAAGCUAGCGUCUUUGCGUCGAGCAGCGUCAUCGUUUCUCACGCCCUUUUGGCUAAACUCGAAGAUCUCAAUAGCAGAUGGAAGGUGCUGCAAGUGGCGGUUGACGAGCGUUACAAGUUGCUAAGCGGAUUUGGAAAGGACGGCAGCACUCCUGGUAGUCAGGCUUUCCUUGCGAGCAGCGUAGAACUACCAUGGGAGAGAGCCCUCACGCCCGCCAAAGUGCCUUACUAUAUCAACCACCAACUGGAGACAACGCAUUGGGAUCAUCCGAAAAUGAUCGAGCUGAUGUCCUCGCUCGCGGAUCUGAACGAAGUUCGUUUCUCGGCGUACAGAACGGCAAUGAAAUUGCGCACCGUGCAGAAACGAUUGUGCCUGGAUCUCUUGAGCCUUUCCACCGCUUUGGAACAAUUCGAUUCGCACGGUCUACGGGCGCAAAACGACAAGCUGAUAGACAUUCCCGACAUGGUCACCGUUUUGACGUCGCUCUAUGAGAUCAUAGCGGCGGACAAUCCGACUCAAGUAUCCGUACCUCUGUGCAUAGAUCUUGCGAUAAAUUGGCUCCUUAACGUAUACGACAGCCAACGAACCGGCCAAAUUCGUGUGCUGUCCUUCAAAGUUGGUCUGGUGCUGCUUUGCAAGGGCCACCUAGAAGAAAAGUACAGAUAUCUAUUUCGACUAAUCGCCGAUCCUAAUCGACUGGUGGAUCAACGAAAAUUGGGAUUGCUGUUGCACGAUUGCAUACAAGUACCGAGACAAUUGGGCGAGGUGGCAGCCUUUGGGGGAUCCAAUAUCGAGCCGAGCGUACGCAGUUGUUUCGAAAAAGCAGGAAAGGACAAGAAUGAGAUCGAGGCCGUACACUUUCUCAGUUGGCUCCAACAAGAACCGCAGAGUAUGGUAUGGUUGCCUGUACUUCAUCGACUCUCCGCUGCCGAGAGCGCCAAGCAUCAGGCAAAGUGCAACAUCUGUAAGGAAUAUCCGAUUAUAGGUUUCAGAUAUCGAUGCUUAAAGUGCUUCAACUUUGACAUGUGCCAGAAUUGCUUCUUCUCCGGUCGAAAAGCGAAGAACCAUAAAUUGACCCAUCCGAUGCAGGAAUAUUGCACGGCUACAACCUCGGGCGAGGACGUGCGAGACUUUACGAGAGCAUUGCGCAACAAAUUCAAGUCGAAGCGAUACUUUAAGAAACAUCCCAGAGUCGGAUAUCUGCCGGUACAAACCGUGCUCGAGGGCGACGCUUUGGAAAGUCCAGCGCCCUCGCCGCAGCACAGCUCGCUCAGCCAGGACAUGCACUCUCGUUUAGAGAUGUACGCGUCAAGAUUAGCCGAGGUUGAAUUGUCCCGUACGAGAAGCAAUUCCACUCCGGACAGCGACGACGAACAUCAGUUGAUAGCCCAUUACUGUCAGAGUUUGAACGGCGGUGACAACGUUAACGUACCUAGAAGCCCGGUACAAGUUAUGGCGGCAAUCGAUGCCGAACAAAGAGAGGAACUCGAAGCUAUGAUACGCGAGCUCGAGGAAGAAAAUGCGACGCUGCAGGCCGAAUACGAGAGGCUGCGCUCCAAACAGACACCAGGAUCGACUCCCGAAGAUGGCCAUGGCACGAGACAGCCCGAUUGCGAUAUGAUUGCCGAGGCUAAAUUGUUGAGGCAGCACAAAGGAAGAUUGGAGGCUCGUAUGCAAAUACUCGAAGAUCACAAUCGCCAGUUGGAAGCACAAUUGCAGAGACUCAGGCAAUUGUUGGACGAGCCAAACGCGUCCUCGCCUUCGAAGACGGGUACUCUACAAAUUCGAAGCGUUACCGCGUCUCAAUUAGCGACCGAUUCGCCAGGGAAAAUAAAUGGCCAUUAUCACGACUCGCCAGGUGGUGGAGGCUCGAACGAGGGCAGAGUGGGCAGCUUAGAGAGACCACCACCCCCGCCGCAUUCUCACAGUAAUCUCUUGAACAUGGCAGCCUGGAUGUAAGGUGACCUUGGAAAGGCAGUCGGGGAAUUAGUAGCAGUGAUGACCAGUGAAGAUUCAUCCAAGACAAAUGGUCAGGGUGCACCACCUCCGGCUUUCAAGUAGCGAAGGAGGAUGUAAACCUUUGUGCUUAACUAUUUUCAUCGGCAUCUCGAUACGCACGAAAAUAGAAAAAGGAAGAUAUUAGUUAUCAAGCGCUGAUAUAUCAUCGGCUUUACAAUAUCAAGAAAACAUAAUCAUAAGCACGAAUGAUCGAUAUCGUCAAAUUUUUGGCUCUAAUGCAUAUCACAAAAGACAAGAGCAUAUGGUAUAUAAUAUAAACGAUUUGUCGCGCAAACGCAGGACCAGGAGACUCGCCAUAGUGGUUUUUUCUAUUUUAUAAGUUUUGAUAUAUACCAUUGUAUAGCUGAAUUUUGUGAAUAAAGUUACUAACUAAUGGGUUCUUUGGCUUUGGCGAUCUCCUGAAAAGUGUGAAACUUUAACUACAUACAUAUUGAUACGUCAUAUCAUGGAAAGCGAAAAAGAGAGAAAAAGAGAGAAAGGAAAAAAAAAGGAAUUCAAUAGUAACGAAGAACUAAUGGGAAGAAGAGAAAUCAAUCGUUAUAUGCUUGCUAGCUGAACUUAUACGAGAGGAAAAUAUAAUGAAUUAUGAUAAGUAACACGAUUAAAAAACAAACAAACACACAAACAAGCGCGUGCACACACACACACACACACACACACACACGCGCACACACACACACACACACACACACACACACACACACAUACAUACAUACAUACAUACAUACAUACACGAAUGAGUAAACCACACGUACGCGAGAAUAUCAUUAACAAUGCAUGCGAAAAAAAAAUAAUAAAAACCAAUGUAUCAAAUUGCAUAUUCUAUAAAUCGUAGGCUAUAUUACAUACCCAUUCUGUUCACUGCCACGGGCUCUUCCUCGAUAUAAUUGAGAAAAGACAGACAUACACGUCGUGAUUUUAGAUUGAUAGAAAAGAUAGAUAGAGAGAGAGAGAGAGAGAGAGAGAGAGAGAGAGAGAGAAAGAGAGAGAGAGAGAGAGAGAAAGAGAGAGAGAGAGAGAGAGAGAGAGAGAGAGAGGGAGAGGGAGGGAGAGGUACUCCAUUGUACCCAAUUGGCCGCGAUUAUCGAGUUUACGUCGUCAUUACAAUGUUCAUUUACGUACACAUCGAAACACACACACACACACAGGUACACGUACACGUACACAAAUUUGCGCACACGCACAUAGAAUACACGUACAUACACAGAUUGAAAACAUUUUCUAUUCGAUAAUAUAAAGAACAUAGCAGGGAGAAAGAUAGACGUGCAUUACGACUUUCGAGUUUAUUUUUUAUCCAGUUACGUCAGUUUUCCUAUUUUUUAACAGACACAAAUGGCAAUGUCUCUUAUUUAAGCACGCCGAAUGUUACUUAUAUAUUUAAGAGUAUAUCGAUAAGUAUCUAAUUUACAAACUGACAUCAUCUCGUAGAUCGUAUUCUGAUAUGUAAUAAAAGUUGUCUAGAAAAUAAAUCUGUCGUGUUUUCGGAAUAUA